AUAGUUGUAGUGGUGCAAAUCAGAUGCUUCCUCCUCAGUGCUAGUUACAGUUGUGCCAAACCUACAUACAGAGAGAGAAAGAGAAUGUGUACCCAUCAAUAGCUGUGGUUAGUCUCUCAUCAUCUCACACAGCUUCAAAUUGAAUCAAAUCUCCAUAUUUCUGAGGAAAAAAGGUUGAUAAUUGAGUUGCAACAAAAGGGGGGAAAGAGGUAGUGAGUGCACAGAUGCGUUGCAAAUGGGGAAAUCCGAACCCCAAUUGCCAAUUCACAACCAACAGGACCAGAAUCAUGAUGGGAUGUUUUCGUUUGUUCGAUGUCCGAUGUGUUUCUCGAGAAUAGCUCGGUUGUGUAGUUUCAAAUGCGUGUUUGUUUUGCUUCUCAGUGUUUCUGUUCUCCUCACUGCGGUUUUUUCAAUCUUCCAUUUACACCAUAGACAAUCUGGGUUUGAUGCAAAAGCUUCAAUCAAGCACAGUGCCACUGUACAAGCAUAUUUCAGAUUACAAAAGCCGAUUUCAUAUCUUCUUCCUCAAAUCGAGAGACUAGAGUAUGACAUAAACGCAGAAAUAGGCGUACCUAACACAACGGUUGCGAUUUUAUCGAUGCAUAAAGCAAGCGCAUCUAAUUGGACCCAUGUGGUGUUUGGAUUUGUACCCGAUCCCAUAAAUUCUCCAAUAAAUCUUGUUUCUUUAAGUGUUUUGAGACCAUUGUUACUUGAUCUGUUCAAUCGACGUCUCAAUUUGACAUUGACGACUUCCAUUUUUGGAGAUCCAUCUUCAUUUGAUCUUGUGAAGUUUCCUGGUGGAAUCACGAUUAUCCCUAAACAAUCUCCAGCCAUUUGGAUGCUGCGACAAGCCCUUUUCAAUUUUACCCUCCCUAAUUCUGUUCGUGAAAUUGAAGAAAACUUUGGUGAACUCAAGGAACAGCUAAAAUUAGGGUUGCACCUUAAACCUUAUGAGAGUGUAUAUAUGCAAGUGACCAACAAAAUUGGAUCAACAAGAGACCCUCCAGUUACAGUCCAGGCAUCAAUAGUAUCUGAUCUAGGCAACCUUGUGCCCCUAAGAUUAAAACAAUUGGCACAAACAAUUACAAGAUCGCCCCCCGCAAGAAAUCUUGGCCUAGAUCACUCUGUCUUUGGUAAAGUAAAAGAAAUCAGUUUAUCUUCUUAUCUUUCUCAUACCCUAAAUGCCCCUGCCCCUACCCCUGCCCCAUCUCCUGACCUAAACGAUUAUGCGGGACCCACCAUUUCACCGAGCCCUCAAAACCAUGCUCCUGUGCCAAAUUCCCCUGCACCUUCGGUGCACCAUUCUUGUGGUGGGCCCCAGAUCUUGCCUAUGUAUGGUCCUGGUCCAAGUGCUUCACCACCCAUGAGUGAAAAGUCUGAAAUGCCCCCGGGUCUUUCUCCUUUACCGGUUGUGUCAUUUGGGUCAACGUCUGGUCAACAAAAAGGGGAUGAAGCGGGCCCACCAAUUUCAGUUGCACCAACCGCGUCUUCUUUAUCAAAUGGUUCUUUCAAUCACAUAACAUGGCCUUUACUCUUCUUCUUUACACUUGUGGCACUCCUCCAAACAUUAUAAUGUCUGAUUUAUCUGCUCCAUGUUGGUUGUGGAACCGGUUGAUGGAGAGAUCCAGGGGUGGAAUUUACCCUUUUUACAAAGUAUAGUACAAACUUUUUAUGCACUUACACAAACACACCUUGAUAUACACACACAAACUCACCUUGAUACACACACACAAAAAUAUUGUACAUGAACAAGAAAAAGUUGCGGGUCAAAGUCAAAUGGUGGCAGGCCGCUUUGUGUUCCAUGUUGUGAAAGAUAGAAAUGGGAAUGUUUCCCGAAGGGAAUUGUUCUUGAAAAUGUCGGCUAAUUGAGAAGUUUAAUGUCUCCAUGUCGUGUUAUUGAUUCACAACAAAAGGUGUAACUUAUGUUGGUUGUUUUUAUAAGAUAAAAGAAAAACAAGAUCACAACUCUAUUGUUAUAAGAAACAUAGUGAAAAAUGAGAUGCAUCCUUUUUAUA